AUGAAGACAGAUUUCAAGUUUUCUAACCUGCUCGGCACCGUAUAUAGCAGAGGCAACCUACUCUUUGCGCCGGACGGGACCUGCCUUCUAUCGCCAGUAGGCAACCGAGUUUCAGUCUUCGAUCUUGUCAACAACAAGUCCUGGACGCUCCCCUUCGCCCAUCGCCGCAACAUCGCUCGCCUAGCCCUAAAUCCUCGUGGGAACCUCCUACUAUCCGUCGACGAAGACGGUCGCGCAAUCCUUACGAACCUGCCUCGGCGAAUUGCCCUAUACCACUUUUCGUUCCGGUCCGCCGUCUCCGCUCUUGUUUUCUCGCCAUCCGGCCGACACUUUGCGGCAGGCGUAGGCAGAAAGAUUGAAGUGUGGCACACACCUUCGACGCCGGAUGCAGGCGCGGAUGGCGAGCUAGAGUUUGCGCCUUUCGUGAAGCAUAGGGAGUACGCCGGCCACUUCGACGUGGUUCAAAGCAUAGAGUGGUCGAGCGACUCCAGGUUCUCCCUGAGCGCGUCAAAGGACUUGUCGGCGAGGAUAUGGAGCUUGGGUCCAGAAGAGGGCUUCGUGCCGACAACACUUGCAGGCCACCGGCAGGCGGUGCAAGGGGCGUGGUUCUCGAAAGAUCAAGAGACGAUAUAUACCGUGAGCAAGGAUGGCGCCCUCUUCCAGUGGGCCUACAUGCAGCGACCGGGUGCUGAUGGCGAAGAUGAUGAGAUGGACGAUGAAAACAUGCAGUGGAGGAUUGUCGAGAGGCACUACUUCAUGCAGAACAACGCAAAUCUCACGUGUGCAGCAUAUCAUGCGCAAUCCAAUCUGCUAGUCACUGGCUUCUCCAAUGGCAUCUUUUGCAUACACGAGCUUCCAGACUUCAACGAAAUACAGAAACUAAACAUCUCUCAAAACGACAUCGACUAUGUCACCAUCAACAAGACAGGCGAGUGGCUAGCCUUCGGCGCAUCAAAAUUUGGCCAGCUGCUCGUCUGGGAAUGGCAGUCCGAGUCCUACAUCCUAAAACAACAGGGCCACUUCGACUCGAUGAACUCGAUUGUCUAUUCACCCGACGGCCAGCGAAUUGUCACCACCGCAGACGACGGCAAGAUCAAAGUCUGGGAUGUAAAUUCUGGCUUCUGCAUCGUAACUUUCACAGAGCAUACAUCAGGUGUCACCGCCUGCGAGUUUGCGAAACGUGGUAACGUCCUGUUUACCGCGUCGCUAGACGGCUCAGUACGCGCCUGGGAUCUCAUCCGUUACCGAAAUUUCCGCACCUUCACUGCACCCACCCGCCUCUCCUUCUCCUCUCUUGCUGUCGAUCCCUCUGGCGAAGUCGUCUGCGCCGGCUCCCUCGGUGCCUUCGACAUCCACACCUGGUCCGUCCAAACCGGACAGCUGCUCGACCAGCUCUCCGGCCACGAAGGGCCCGUGUCUUCCCUCGCCUUCGCCCCAGACGGCGGCACCCUUGUCUCAGGCAGCUGGGACCACACGGUCCGCAUCUGGAACAUCUUCGCACGCACCCAGACCUCCGAGCCCCUCCAACUCCAAUCCGACGUCCUCUCCCUCGCCUUCCGCCCUGAUUCGAAGCAAAUCGCCGUCUCGACCCUCGACGGCCAACUAACCUUCUGGUAUGUCGCCUCCGGAACACAAGAGCAAGGCCUCGCAGGCUCCCGCGACAUCUCUGGCGGGCGCAAACUCACCGACCGCCGCACCGCAGCCAAUGCAGCCGGCACCAAGAGCUUCACCUGCGUGACCUACUCCGCAGACGGCACCGCCGUCCUCGCCGGCGGCAACAGCAAGUACAUCUGCCUGUACGACGUGCAAUCCGGCGUGCUGGCCAAGAAAUGGACCGUCAGCAUCAACCUCUCGCUCGACGGGACGCAGGAAUUCCUCAACAGCCGCCUGCUCACCGAAGCCGGGCCACGCGGCCUCAUCGACGAGACAGGCGAGGCCGAAGAUCUCGAAGAUCGUCUUGACCGCGCGCUGCCAGGUGCCCAGAGAGGUGACAACGCGAUGAGGAGAACAAGGCCGGAAGUCCGCGUGCCCGCGGUGGCGUUCUCACCGACCGGCCGCGCGUUCUGCGCAGCGAGCACGGAGGGACUGCUGAUCUACAGCCUGGACAACACGCUGCAGUUCGAUCCCUUCGAUCUCGACGUUAGUGUCACGCCGGCGUCAACGCUCGCGGCGCUCUCGGCGCGCGACUUCCUGCGCGCGCUGGUCAUGGCGUUCCGCCUUAACUCCACCCCGCUCAUCCGACGCGUGUACGAGGGAGUGCCCGUGGCGGACAUCGCGCUCGUGAGCCGAGGGGUGCCGGUCGUGUAUUUGGCGCGGCUGUUGAGGUUUGUGGCGGCCCAGGCGGACGAGAGCCCGCAUCUGGAGUUUAACUUGCUGUGGAUUGAGGCGUUGUUGAGCUGCCAUGGACGGUUGCUAAAGGAGAGGAGGGGGGAGUUUGAGGCGGAUGUUAGGCUGGUGCAGAGGGCGGUGGGCAGGAUUCAGAGGGAGUUGGGGAGGCUGGCGGACCGGAAUUGCUUCUUGGUGGAUUAUUUGUUGAGUCAGGGUGUGGCCGAGAAGAAGGAUCAGAAGGCGAUUGAGUUUGCCGCCGCGGACUCAGGGAGUGGGGACGGGGAAGCGGUGGCAGGGGUGGAGGAGAUGGGGGAUUAUACAAGUGGCGAAGACGAGUGGAUGGGGUUGGAUUGA